AUUCCACCAAGUCAAAUCCAACUUCUACCUUUCUAUAAAUAAAGGCAUAAAACACCACCAUAAUUUCAAGAUUGUGCUUUUAAAGAUUACAUUUUGUUCUUCCCCUUUUAUAUUUCCCCUCUAACCAACAAACCCCAGAAAAAAAAAGCCAAAUCCCGAAAAAACGAACCCAAAAAUGAGAAGAGAAGGUCGUCCACAUGGAAUGGUUCGAACAUACCAUGUAUUACCAUCACCAUUGAAUCCUAGACCUAAUUCUCGAAUCCUUAACAAGAUUGAUUACCCACCAACUGCUGGAAUUUUUGCUAAGAUUUCAAAUAAACCCACAAAUCAUUCAAAAUUUACAGGUAAGUGUGAGAAAGUUAGAUGUUCUGGGUGCCAUUUUCAUCCAAUUUCAAAGUCUAGGGACAAAUCUAAAGGUACCCAGAAACUUAAAUCAUCUGAUUCUGCUUUUAAUUAUCAACAAGAUACUUGGAGAGUUGUUGGGUUGCAUAAGUUGCAAAAAUCUGGGUACUCUGCAUCUGGAAUUUUAAAUGAAUUAAAUAAUCUUGACUAUGAUGAUGAUGAUGAUGAUGAUGAUGAUAAACAUGAAGAUGAGAAUGGAGGUGAUUCAUAUGUUGAUGAUGAAGUUAAAACAGAGAUUAUAGUUGCCGCUACUUCUCAUCAUGAUGAUAUUGUUAAUGUUGAUGUUGAUGAAAUUAUUGUUCAUGUUGGUGUAACAGAUGACAAUGAUGAUGGGUAUAAGGGAUUCUAUGAUGUUGCUUAUUUGAUGAAUCCUAUGGAUGAAGAUGAAGAAGGUUGGUCUGUUAUUGGAUAAUGAUCAAUUAAAUAAUAUGAUUAUAGUUAUGUCAUUUUUAUAAUAACUAAUUGUAAUUUAUGAUUUGUAAUUACUGAUCAAGAUUUGAUUUUUCUUGAAUUUGUUUCCAAAUUUGAUUCGAUGGAUUUUCCAAUUGAUUUUCAAUCAUGUUGUGUGAAUAAUUCUACAAUAAAUUUCCUUGAUUACCCUUUAA